AUGUUGGCGGUGGGUGGCCGCGUUUGGUGUCGAUCCGGCGACCGCGAUACGCGAUCCCCUCGGCGCGCCGAUGCAUCCAGGAAGGCGUCCAAGGCGAGGGCGCGGAAACGAGCGGAGUCGCCCGUCCGACGCGCUGCGACUGUCGUGACUUCCGAUGUGGCCGAGACGCGCGCGGACGCGUCAACCGACGACGCCUUCUCGCUCGGAUGCCCGCACUUCGACACCUGCUCGGGGUGCUCGACCUCCACCAAUCUCGACGACUUCCCCGAGCUCAGAAGGGCGCGCGAGUACUUCGCGAGGAGCCACGACGCCGCCUUCGAUUGCGCCACGGGCGACGUCCGCGGGUGGCGCACCAGGGCGCGACUCGCCGCGCGCAUGGUCCCGGACGAGGACGCCGCCGGGGGCGAGAAGCUCGCGCUCGGGCUCUUCGCCCGCGGCUCGCACGACCUCGUCGAGAUCCCCGGAUGCGUCGUGCAGCACCCGAGGCUCAACGACGCCGCCGCGCUCAUCGCGAGCGCGUGCGAGCGAGCGGGCAUCAGGGCGUACGACGAAACCACCGGCGAGGGCGAGCUGCGAUACGUCCAGCUCACCGCGGUGGGCGCGGACGGCCGCGCGGACCUCGACACGGACGCGGCGGUUCAGGUGGCGUUGGUGUGGAACUCCCCGGCGCCGACGACGGCGGCGGGGCCGAUGACGGCUCCGCGGGCCAUCGCGCUGGCGCUCAAGCUCUGGAACAGCAACAGCGCCGACGGCCCUGGCGACAUAGAACCCCCGAACGGGGUUCGCGUGCACUCGGUGUGGAUCGACUGGAACGACGCGCCAGGGAACAAGAUCACCGGCCCGCACUGGACGCACCUCAAGGGAGAACGGUUCGUGUGGGCCCGGCACGGCGCCGCGGACGUGUGCUUCACGCCCGGGUCCUUCGUGCAGGCCAACUCGCGCGCUUUCGACGCGGCGCUCGAGCGUAUCCGCUCGUUCGUCUUUCGGGGCGCCGCCGUCUCGGAGCUGUACGCGGGCGCGGGUCCCAUCGGGCUCUCCAUCGCGGCGACGAUGGGCGAGGAUGGGGACGACGAGGGAAGCGUGAGGUGCGUGGAGAUUGUCGGCGCCGCCGCCGAGACGUUUGAACGGAGCAAAUCGAAACUUCCGGAGGGCGUUGGACGACGCGUAUCCAUGGCCAUCUCUCGAGCCGAGGACGCGUGCCGCGACGCGGUGAGGGACGCGGACGUCGUGAUCGUGGACCCGCCGAGGAUGGGGCUGGAUCCGCGGACGCUCACGGCGUUGACGGGGGGCGAGGCGCCGGCGGCGGAGGCGGGGGGGACGGCGGCGGCGACGGCGAUGGCUGAUGGACAGCCAGAGGCGGCCGUCGUGACGGAGAAGAAGCCGAUGACCAGGGCGGCGAAGCGAAGGGCGCGGAAGAAAAAGAGGGCGAAGGCGGCGAACGCGCCGGUCGCCGACGCGAAGGCCCCGGAGGAGCCGAAGCCGUCGCAACCGACGGUGAAGUUUCCCGCGCCCCCCUCGAGGCUCUCGCGGCUCAUUUACCUCAGCUGCGGCUUCGCGGCGUUCCAGAGGGACUGCGACGCGCUCGUCAAGUCUGGAGAAUGGCGCUUGACCCACGCGGAAGGUUUUAACUUCUUUCCCGGGUCUGACCACGUCGAGACGCUGGCGGUGUUCGAUCGGGAGGAGACCGGCGCCGCGUUUUGGGAGGGAUGA